CGGAGAAAUGAAAGCAGGAAGUAGCGCAUGAUUGGCUGAAGGAGGAGCCAGAGGACAAACAUCCACAGGGAGGAGCUGAGAUAAGUUUGCUGGAACUAACAGCUGACAGGGAAUCACUGCAGACUCUUCUCCUGUCUUUGUGCUCCAGACCAACGCCAUGGACAACGCCCAGACUGUUUUGCAGUUUUUCAUGAACCAGAAAGCCACCAUCGGUUACAGCUUCAUGGCACUGCUGACCAUAGGAGGGGAGAGGAUCUUCUCCAUGGUCUCCUUUCAGUGUCCAUGCAACCACAAUCAGAACUUUGCUUAUGGGCUGACCUUCCUGCUGGGUCCAGCUGCAGUUCUCCUGGUCCUGAGCCUGUUCCUGAGCCCCAGGCUGUGGAGGCUGUACACCGGCUGCUGCCUGGAUCCCAUGAAGCUUUGUCCUCGUGGGAACUGCUGCGGGUGCUUCAGGGUGUUGCUCAGCAUCUUUACUGGGGCCUGUGUGGCCCCUGUGAUGUGGCUCUCCGUGGCCCUGCUCAAUGGAACCUUUUACGAGUGUGCCAUCAGUGGUGUGGACGACAACCUGGUGGUGGAUUUGUUCUGUAGAAACAAUACCGUGAAGUGUCGGGAAGAGCUGGCCCGAGUUCCCUGUCAGCGAUCCGGACUGUCCAAAGACCAGCAGAUGGACCUACUGCAGAUGUUCAGAGCUCAGUCACAAAUCCUGGGCUGGGCCAUCAUCAUCACUGCUUCCAUCUGUGGCCUCCUGGGCACCUGCUACAGACGCUGUCGCUCCAAGGUCAGCUACCUGCAGCUCACCUUCUGGAAACGCUACAUGGAGAAGGAAAAGGAGCGCUUUGACACUUUCGCUGUGGACUAUGCCACCAAGCUGGCCGAGAGGAAUCUGAAGAGCUUCUUUGAGAACAAAGGACCAGAUCCUUUCCCUCUGCCCAGCCACAAGGCAUGGGAGGAGAUCUCAGAGUACUACACCUUCUCCAGGAGUGAGCAGUGUUACAGCAUCUUGCAACGCUUUGUGGAGAGGUCUGACAGGGACUUCAACCCAGAGAAGAGGCCAGUCCUGGACAUGGAGCAUGCUAUAGAGAUGACAUAACCUCCUUCACAGCUGGUAUUUACUCUGCCUGCAUGACUUUCGGAGCUCAGGACCAAGCAGAAAUCUAGCUUACCGAGCAUUGUCUGCUGCAAUGUGCUCCCAGUUAUCACUGCCACAUUUCCACAUUUCAGCCCAACUUUAAACUGGAUCUAGUCUGAGUCAUUCUUCCUCUAGAUGUGGUCAGAACUUUCUGCACAACUUAAAACAGAAGUAACAUUAGAGUCCAGAAGUUUGAAUAAAUAAAUUAAUGCUCUGAAGUUGAAUUGUCACAUCUUCUUUAACAUGGUUUUUAUUCAUUAUUUCUGUUGAGGAUGUUGUUAAUCUGUAAUUAAUGUUUAGUAAUUGUAAUAAUGAAAUUAAAUUAUAUAAAGAGACGUCAUAGUUACUACAGAAGAGUCUGGUAUUAGCUCAUACGGAUUCUGAUGGAUUAGUUUUUUGUUGCUGUUGUGGUCUCAUGCUUUAUAUUUGUGUUUUCCCAGCCAUCUUUGAAGGCAUCUGGCUCCUCACUAGUUUUUUUUUUAUUUACAAACUUUAUUGACAGCUUAAACACAGUACAAAACAUCCCAAUAAUAAUCAUACAUGUCAACAUAUGGAAGUUUGCAUGUCAGCAAAUAAACCUAAAAGAAAAAUGAAAGAAAAAGAUGUGACCCUUAUAACACGCUUUUCAUCCAGUUUAUUUUACUAAAUUAUUUCAUUUAAUUCUUUUUUUUCCAUAAAUGUAAGAGUUGAAAAUAAAAACAGCUCUAUGUGGAAAAUG